AUGAAAAUCAUGACCCUCGGUUUUGUCGCCUUGCUCCGGGAAACUCCAAUACGGUGCGCUCUCAUGAUCUCCGGUGGCGUAUCUUUCAGCGUGGGGAACCACAAUGUGCGUGCGGAGCUGCUGCAGGUGGAGGAGGAGUUGGGUCGUCUGGAGGAGCAGAUCUCCUCACUGCUGCAGAGACAAGAGGAGCUGGAGUCAGUGCGACAGGCUCUGCAGUCCCAGCUGGAGGAGCAGGGUCCAGCCUCCUCCUCCUCCUCCUCCUCACAGGGAGUUCUGGCCCUGACCAAACAGGAGCUGGAGUGCUACGACAGACCAGACUUCCCCUGGUCAGACGAGGCACAGCGCCACCUGGUGGACACUUUCCGCCUGCGUGAGUUCCGUCCGCUGCAGCUGCGGGCGGUGAAUCUGACCAUGUCCUCCAAAGACCUGUUCCUGGUCAUGCCCACGGGACGUGGGAAGAGCCUGUGCUACCAGCUGCCUGCACUCUGCUCCACUGGUUUCACUCUGGUGGUCUCUCCCCUGGUCUCUCUCAUGGAGGACCAGAUGAUGUUCCUGCGCUCUCUGGAGAUUCCUGCUGCUCUGCUCAACGCCUCCAGCUCCAAGGAACACGCCAAAACCGUGAUGGUGGCGAUGACGGACGCCAAGAGCCCGUUCAGACUCAUCUACGUGACGCCAGAGAAGAUCGCCAAGAGCAAACUGCUGAUGUCACGACUGGAUAAGGCGUACAAGGCCCAGCUGUUGAGACGCGUGGCCGUGGACGAGGUGCACUGCUGCAGCCAGUGGGGCCACGACUUCAGGCCUGACUAUAAGCUGCUGGGCAUCCUGAAGAGGCAGUUCCCUCUGGUUCCUCUGCUCGGUCUUACGGCCACCGCCACCUCCAGUGUCCUGCUCGACUGUGAGAAGAUCCUGAACGUCACGAGACCUGUGACCCUCACCGCCUCCUUCAACCGCACCAACCUCUACUACGAGGUUCGAUGUAAAGAUUCUGACAGUGAGGUCUUUCUGAACCACAUCGCUGAUCUAAUUCAGCAGAAAUACCAUCAGCAAUCAGGGAUUGUGUAUGUGUUUUCUCAGAAAGACGCAGAGUGUGUGUCUGAGCAGCUGCAGCAGAGACACAUCGAGGCUCAUCCUUAUCACGCUCACAUGGACCCACAGGACAAGACCAGGGUGCACCGCAGGUGGACCGAGGGGAGGGUACAGGUCGUCGUGGCAACAGUCGCCUUUGGAAUGGGCAUCGACAAAUCAAACGUGCGCUUUGUGAUUCACCACACCAUCAGCAAGUCCAUCGAGAACUACUACCAAGAGAGCGGCCGUGCAGGCCGUGACGACCAGCCCGCCGACUGCAUCGUGUUCUACGGCUUCGCAGACAUCUUCCGAAUCAGCACCAUGGUCGUCAUGGAGACCAUGGGGCAACAGAAGCUGCUGCAGAUGGUGGACUACUGCCACCGUGUGGACAGGUGCCGUCGCUCCCUCAUGGCUGUGCACUUUGGCGAGGUGUGGGAGGAGCAGGACUGCGGCCGCAUGUGUGAUGUGUGCCGCGGCCGCAAAGAAGAGCUCUCUGAGGUGGACAUCACGGAGCAUGCGCAGCAGGUGGUGCAGAUCCUGGAGCUGGCCGUGUCCCAGGACGAGAGGCUGACCCCCCUGAAGCUGCUGGAGGCCUGGAGCGGCAAGGGCCCGGCCAAACACCGCAAGGGCACCGCGAGCACCACGCUAAGGAGGCGCGAGGCGGAGGGCGUGCUGGUGCGCAUGCUGCUGCAGGGAUACCUCAGGGAGGACUUCAGCUUCACGCCUUACACCACUCACUUCUACCUCAGACUGGGACGCAAGGCUCCUCUGCUCAAGAGCGCCUCCCACAGGCUGAGCAUGAGCAUGAGGCCAGAGGGGGCCACGGCGGUAACAUCGCCCUCUGGAGGUGACCAAGAGAAGCGCGCAGAGUCCAAGUCCAAGGGUCCAAGCUUCGAAGACGGACCCAAGACCAAGAAGGCCAAGACGAGAGAGACCCAAUAG